AAUCUAAACAUUUGGAGGCUAUUUUCUAAAAUUACUCUUUUUUCUGCUUCUCUCUCUCUCUCGUUCUCUCUCUCGGUAACUAUGCGACAUGAGUGCCUUGUUCAUCUUCAGCCAUGAAUCUGCAGGGCAAAACUGUAUCGCAUCGGCUUUCCUCAUGUCACCGUCAUCCUACCAAGCCAGUGACCGGAUUCUGCGCCUCCUGCCUCCGUGAGCGCCUCGCCGGGAUUGAUCUCGACACGCAACAGGAAUCGCCUCUUCAGAAACACCAUUCAUCAUUGGAGCUCCGUCGGAGCAAAUCCUUCUCUGCAGCGAAGCGUGAUGCGAGCAUCGGGCGACUGCAGGUGCAGCAUCGGAAAUCGUGCGAUGUUCGCUCUGGAAACUCCUUGUCGGACCUUUUCUGUCGCGAAGAUAAGCCGAGAUGUAGGAAUCAGCAGGUGGAGAUCGAAUCCGAGAAUUUAGGUUUUGAAUUGCAUGAGGCUGUGGCAAAUGAGAGACAAUUUAGGGCAUCCGGAGGGACAAUUGGACCGGCUCUUGGCACGAUCGAUGAUUUUGCUGGAGAGGAGGCUGAGUUCAAGACGGUGAAAGAGUUUAUAGAUCUCGAAUUUCGGAGGAAGAAAAAUGCAGGUCGAGAUUUAAGAGAAAUUGCAGGGAGUGUCUGGGAAGCGGCUUCAGUCUUCAGCAAGAAACUCGGAAAAUGGAGGAAAAAGCAAAAACGAAAGAAUCUCGGUAACAAUUGCAAUGUAGAUGCGGUGACAACAGAGGCUAUCAAGUCGAGAGUGCUUGAAAUUGGAGAGACUCGUUCGGAGGUUGGAGACUAUGGAUUGGGAAGAAUGUCUUGUGAUACAGAUCCAAGAUUCUCCGCCGAUGCAGGUAGAAUAUCGUUGGAUGAUUCACGGUAUUCGUUCGAUGAGGCAAGGGCUUCUUGGGAUGGAUAUCUGGUUGGAAAAACUUAUCCAAAGAUAACGCCGAUGGUUUCAGUUUUGGAGGAGGCCAAAUUCCCCGGUACUGAAUUUGAGAAAGAUGAUCCUUCUGAUGAAGCAGAAGGCUCUCCGAAGAAUGUAGGAGAUAAAGUCCCUGGUGGAUCGGCUCAGACUAAAGAUUACUAUAUGGAUUCAUUGUCUUCUCUGAGGCGGAGGAAGAGCUUUGAUCGUUCAAGUUCACACAGAAAAGGGGCAUCGGCGGACUUCGAUGACUUGAAAUUAAUAUCAAACGCAAAGGUAUCUCCUGCAACUACAGAGUUAUUCUAUGGUGCAAAGGUGCUACUUACAGAGAAAGAUUUGAACAAGUCUCGCUCAAAAGCCACCAGAGAUGGCGAAUUGAGUGGCACUGAUGCUACUUCCAAAGAUUCUGUUCUUGAUGCAGCUGGAAUUGACCGAAAGACGUUCAAGAAAGUGCAUAGAUGGCGUAAAGUAUUAAGUGUUCUUGGUAUGAUGCAUAAGCGAAGUGGUGAAAGCAAGUCUGAUGAUGAGGAAAGUUGUGAUCGGCCUAUUGCUGAGUCUUGGGAAAAGCUGAGGCGUGUUGCUAAUGGCGAAGCGAACUCUUGCGUUAGCCAGAAGCUCAUUCGAAGUUACAGCGUAAGCUGUCAAGAUCAGAGCAAAGUAGCUGGAUUCAAUGGCGGGAAUGAUUUGAAACUGAACGGUUCGAGGUGGAGAGACGAUUUUACGUUGCGGAGGAAUCGGAGUGUAAGGUAUUCGCCAAAUAACUUUGAUAAUGGCUUGUUAAGGUUCUAUUUGACACCAUUGAGGAGCUACAGCAGAGGCAAACCAGGAAAGAGCAGGCCAAGAAGUUCUUCUUUCAGUGUCAAGCAUGUCAUGUAAAAAGGUGCGUCCCUUCUUCUUCCGGGAAAGUUUCUAUUAUAAACAUUAUAUAGACUAGUUGUUCUUGUUCCUUAGAUAAAACUUAUGUUCUUAUUACGAGCUGGAUAAAGCUGGAAAAGUGAAAUCAAUUUCAGUUGCUAAUUGCUUAGUGUUUAGCUA